UUGUAACUGGACGCUGGAGGAGUUGUCGAGUUGUGUAGCUACGAUUGCUGAACUUUUCGAUGUCCUGCUAGGUCGGCCGUGCAGCCCAAAUCCACAGCGACACCCGAACCAGAGGGAAAACAAUGGCGGAAAAGGGAUCAGACGAGAAGACUGUGACAUAUUACCGCUUGUCCGAAGUAGAGGAGCACAACUCCUUCAAAAGUACAUGGAUCAUCAUCAACCAUAAAGUGUACGAUGUCACCAAGUUCCUAGAGGAGCACCCAGGUGGAGAGGAAGUGCUGCGGGAGCAGGCAGGAGGAGACGCCACAGAGAGCUUUGAGGAUGUGGGACACUCAACAGAUGCGAGAGAGAUGGCCAGCACCUUGCUUAUAGGAGAGCUGCAUCCAGAUGACAGACAUAAGAUUGCCAAACCACCGGACUCACUUGUAACAACAGUUCAUGAAACCACAAGCUGGUGGUCCAACUGGUUGAUACCUGCCCUCGCUGCAGCCAUCGUCACGUUGAUGUACCGUAUAUAUACAGCAGAGGAGGCAUGACGGACCCUCAGGCUCUUCUUCAGUGGACUGUUGGCAUUCUCUCCCACUGGUUUAUCCCCUUUACCCAGUAUCUAUGCUGAACUACGGCAACAGUAACACAUUUCAGCGUUUAUGAUUCUCUCCAGUCACAGUUAAUGACUAAUGAAGGCUCUUUUUUGUAAGUGUCACACUGUGUAUGUCUCUCAUUUAUCCCACAGAAUUUGAAUAUUGACAUUAAGAGAAAAUCACAGAUUUAUUCACCUGUGACCUGUUUUUUUAGAUCUACUAUAGAUUUUAUAAAUGUGUAAAACUGAUAUCUAGCUUUAAUGUCUGAUUUGUUAUUGUAUAAAAGUAAUUAUGUAAUGGUAAUUGCAGUCUUUGGAAUAAUGAUAUGCAGCAGGGCUGGGAGGGGCUUACAGUUAAGUUUGGUAGUUCAUGUUCAAUAUCAUCAAAUUUAGAAGCUUUAGAAGAGACAGAAUCAUGCAAAUUAAUUUAGAAGAACAUUAGCGAAGAAUCUUAUAGACAGCCCAAGUCCUGAUUUUGGACCUCACGUGGUCAUUCAUAAAACACAAACCACAUACAGCUGCAGCGUUAGCACUUUAAAGGGGAAUUCCAUUGAUUUAGAUUAAGAAACGUACCGAGUCAGUUUCAUUUAUUGCAAGAAAUGGUUACAAAUACAUUGCCUGAUGGCUGAAACAUUGUUUUACAAUGGUUUGAGAUUAGCUUUUGGCUUAAAAGAUUCAACAUUCAUAAAACCCUUUAUUUAUAUAUAUAUAUAUAUAUAUAUAUAUAUCCAUGUUCGCUGGUCAGUUUGGAUAGAAACUAUAUUUGCAGAUAUUGUGACCUCUGGUUCCUGUCACCACCACUAUAAUGAAAACAGAGUAAGUAAGUUUCUCCACAAUGCACUAUUUUACAGCAAACUACUUUAAGUGACUUUGUUUACCUCUCAAUGACUGAAUUAUAUAGAAAUUUUGAAAAAUCUGUGGAGUUCCUCUUUAAAGGAAAAGUUUUUGCUUUACAAGAAAAUCAGUUUGAUAGAGCCUAGGACUGCACUAUAUAACGUUUGUUAAUUGUUUGUUUGCUCUUACAAUAUUGCGGCAUUGCGGAAUGUUACGGUAUGCAAAAUGAACCUGUGCUUCCUGUGUGCUGUGAGCAUCUUGACCGAUCACAGGUCUAGAUGAGUGUUUCCAUGGAUGUUUUGAUGAACCAAGGUAUUCACACAGUCCAACAAGUCAGUUAUUUUUUUUAAUCAAAACAAUGAUCUUUAACUAUGUCACAUUGUUUGAUUUGACCAAUGUAUUUUAAUUAUAUUGCAAGGCAUAUUAUAAUGCAAUCUCAGUUCUAGUGUCUUGUCCAUAUCGUGCAGCCCUAAUCAAAAUCACUACUAUAUUAAUAUUACAUAAUAUUACAUCAGAAUUAUGCAGAAUUUCUCAUUGGUUCACGAUACCAAUCCCAUUGAUCAUGCUGUAGUCUUGUUCUGUUGUACCAACUGACAGUGCUAUUAUACAAUUAUAGAAUGUGUACUGAGUUUUGAGGAGCUGCUGGAUGUCUCUGUUUGUCGUGGCAUCGUAACAUUUAUGUGUGAUAUACAGUGGUUUCCAAUUCCAGUUCAAGGGCCCCCAUACACUGCACGUUUGCUCACUGUGUUGAAUCACAGAGAGAGAAAACGCAGUGCUUCAGGUGUUCAGGAGAAGCCCUACUGUAUCCCUAUAUAUGGUGCUGAGACAUUCCAUUUUAUACCACUGAAUGAAGUAGUGUAAUUGGCUUUUGCCCACUCAAAUGUGCCAGCAAGAGACAAACACAAGUACAGAUGCAAAUGCAUGUUAUAGGCAAGAUGAUCCAUGAAAAAGUCGUAUAAUCCAUGCUUAAAUGCACUCGUUGUGAUAUUGAAGCUCCAGUAAAGAACAGUAUUGUGGCCUUUUCAUGAUCUAACGGUCAACAUGUAUAUUAUACAGUUUCAUUGGCUACAGUGUGGAGCAAUGUUUGAAUGCCUUUCUUGUUGCAGGAGCCCACUAGAAGCUGGUAGUCAAACUGAUUUCAGACUGUGGCCUUAAUCACUGAGUUGUUUGACCAUGAGUCGUGUCCAGUUUUUUAUUUUUUCCAGUGCACAGCUCUGUUUAAUUACGUUAAAAAUAAACUGAUUAUGUACAA